AUGGAUUCAUUACUUAAUUUAAAUCAUUUGCAAAUGAUUAGAAAUCUUGAAGAGUUGGAACUCGAAAGGAAUGAAAAUCGACGAUAUUACACCGCUGAAAAUGCAUUUGACGAUUUAAAUGAUCAUCAGUUUAUCAAAAAGUUUAGACUACCUAAACAGAACGUCCGAGAUCUUAUACAUGAACUAUCUCCAUUUAUGAUCCAUCCUACUAGACGCUCUGUGUUGACUGCAUUACGUUUCUACGCAAGUGGUUCUUACCAGCAAGAUAUUGGAGAAAAUAGAGCUUCUUUGAUGAGUCAGUCAGCUGUUAGUCAGUGCAUAACAGAAGUUACCAAAGCUCUAAAUCAACCGCUAGUUUUCAGUAAACAUGUUUAUUUUCCUAGAACUAUAGAUGAGUUGAACAUUGUCAGGCAAAAAUUUUUCGAAAAGUAUAGAAUUCCUGGUAUAGUAGGAAUUGUAGAUGGUACGACUGUAUAG